AGUUGUUGUCGUUCCGCCUCCCGCACAGCAGGGUUCGCUCUUCGUCCCUGCGCUUCGCUCCGCUGAAAGCGAACCGUCGUCGACGCGGAACUCGGUGUGUUUACGUCUCGUCCAGUCCGGUGUCCGUCCCCGCCGCUGGCUGUCUUUGUUGGCAGAAAAAGGAGCAGGAUGUGUAGGCUGCAGCUGCUGCGGGUGUCGAUCCGGGAGCGGAUGAGCGCCGCCGCUGAAGCCUUCAUGCUGCAGCUGGAAGAAGAAGAAGAAGGAGCGGCUGAGAUACCGGCGCUGAGAACGCUGCUCACCGAGCGGCUAACGGUGGCCGCGGAGGAGAUCGUCGAUCUGUUUAAGGAAACCGUGGCGGAGUACGAAGAGCGCGUGGAGCGGUCAGAGCGGGAGAUCUGCCGGCAGAGGAGGCUGCUCGAUGCCGUGCUGAAGCCCGAAGUCAGGCUGCACAGAGCAGACUCUCUGCACUCAGAGAUCAUUAACCACAGAGACCUGGAGCCCCUGGCGGAUGCUGCAGACCUGAACCAAUCAGAACCUGAAGAAGUUGACAGCCCCGCCUCCUGCUCAAGGCCUCGUGGCUCCUCCUCACCCUCCCUCCACCAGCCCUCCUCGCCCUCCUCACCCUCCCUCCACCAGCCCUCCUCGCCCUCUUCACCCUCCUUCCACCAGCCCUCCUCCCCCAGCAGCUCAGCGGCACACAGUGAGGGGGAUCCAGACAGCGACUGGACCAGACAGAGCCGAACUCUGAGGUCACCUAGGAAAAAGAGGAAGAGAGGCCGGCCGCCGCUGGCCGGCAGAAACAAACCGCCGCUCGCAGUCACAAACAAACGGAAGCGGUCAGCACCCACUCAACGUUUUAACUGUCAGGUGUGUGGCCGCACUCUGCAGGGUAAAGGCUACCUCCUCAAACACGUUCUGCAGGUCUGCGCCCAGGACAAAGACUGCCGCUGCGGCUUCUGUGGCGAGUGUUUAGACUCCGCCUCCAACCUUGCCAGUCACCUACAGAUGCACCAGGUGAAAAGUAAAACCUGCUCCUUCUGCGGGAAAACCUUCAAUUCCAUUCUGGCACAGGAGCUGCAUGUGCGACUGCACACCGGAGAGAAACCGUACACAUGCGACGUCUGCGGCAAAAAGUUCAGUCAAAGGGGAAACCUGUCGUCACACAUGCGCGUACACACCGAAGAGAAACAGUUCAAGUGUACUGAGUGCAGCCGCGCCUUCUGCCACAUGUCGUCUCUGGAGCGACACCUGCAGGAGCACCGGGAGGAGCAGGGACUGCACACCUGUGGUGUCUGCGGGAAGGAGUUCAUGAAGGCGCACGGCCUGCAGCGACACGUGGCCAAACAUGAGAAGGAACGCGAAGAUAAACCUAAGAGGCUGCGCAGCUCAGAGCCGAGACACAUCUGCAAAGUUUGCGGGGACGUCUUUCAAAGGAGGUCUUACUUGGUGACACAUGUGGAGACUCACCUGCAGGACCCAGACUGUCGUUGUGGACUCUGUGGACACCAGUACGAGUCCCCCGCCAGUCUUUCUGCUCACCUGAAUUCGCACCGCGAUUUCAGCAACACGUGUCACAUCUGUGGGAAGAACUUCCCUGCUCACUCUGCUCUGGAGUUACACUUAAGGGUCCACUCAGGAGAGAAACCCUUCAUCUGCAGCUUCUGUGGGAAAGCCUUCAACCAAAGCGGCAACCUAAAGAUGCACCUGAAGAUCCACACGGGGGAGCGGGCGUUCUCCUGCAGCCUCUGUGGGAAGGGCUUCACUCAGAAAAAUACUCUGGACACACACGUCCGCUUCCACAACAAAGAGAGACGCUUCCUGUGCCAGGUGUGCGGAAAGGGCUUCAUGCAGGACGUGGACCUGAAGAGACACAUCCUGAUCCACACCGGAGAGAAACCAUACAGCUGCACAGUCUGUGGAAAGACUUUCCAGGCCAAACGCUCGCUCAACGGACACCUAAAGGUCCACGUCAUGACUGGGUCCGGGCCAGAUCAGAGCUCAGAGCAGCAGAGGACAGACACUUUCUACUCGGGCUUCAUUCAGCUGUAGGGGCGGGGCUUAACGUUGACUCUGUGUUUGCAUGUUUCCGGUUAGAGAGGAAGGACUAACCUGUUGGUUUAACUGACAAUACAGUUAAUAACAGAACCAUCUGCCGGAGUUCUGACCCUCUUCAGCUUCAUCAUUUCAUCUGUUCGUCGGUGCUGUCCAAUAAAGUUUAAAUCAAAAUGA